UUGCAAAAAAAACUUCCUCACUUAUAUGGCUAAGGUUCGAACACAUAUUCUCUCUCCUUACUCCUCUUCCUCAAUGAGGUUUUUAACCAGUUGACAUAACCACAAAAAGGAAAAAAAAGUAGUACCUUUAACUUAAAUAAUAUUUUCCCAAAAUUGGUAUAGUUUUAAUGAAUUUUUCUCUUUAAGAGGAAAAUUUGACGUUCAAACAAUUCUGGUUGUUGUAACCAUAUGUCUUCAAUUACUACUCAUUUCUCUUCAAUGUCGCCUAAUAAUUCCUUUCCUGAUAUUUAUUCGGCUGAUGGUUCCCCUAUGAAUGUUAGUCACAUUGGGAAUGUUAGUCACAUUGGCAAUGUUUCUACAAAGUCAUUGACUUUACCAAAUGCCCUUUUAGUUCCAAAACUUAGUUAUAAUCUUCUAUCUGUCAGUCAAUUAUGUGAUCUUGGUCUUGAAGUAACAUUUUCUACUCAUGGUUGUCGUGUGCAGGACCCACGGACAGGACAACUUCUUGGAACUGGUCACAAGGUGGGGCGUUUGUUUGAGCUUAACUAUCUGCAUAUUCUUGAUAAUAAAAUGGAUACACCAUCAUUUCCAAAUGAUCGAUUCAUCCAAACCCUGCUUUGUGCUAUUGAAUUAGAGUCUUUGCAAAUUCCAUAUCAACAAAUCUUCCAAAUCUGUGCUGCUACUAACAUUUCUCCUCUCCAUUUGUGGCAUUCACGACUCAGAUAUACCUCAGUCGGUAAACUUCGUCCACUUAUCUCUCGUGGUUUAUUAGGAUCAGUUCCGAAUGAAUUUGUGCAUUGUCUGUCAUGUCAAUCUGCAAAGCAGCCAUGUCACGCCCCAAAACCUGAAUUCGAGGCGCGACGGACGCCGUGCACUCGUGAGAGGAUCCCACAAAUGCACAAGGCUCGAAACUUAUCCAAUUCACAUCUGACAAUUCAAUAACUUAAAAUCAGAUAUUUCAAUAAUUCUAUGUCCAACAUGACUUAAACUUAAAAUCUCAAGGUAAAAUCUAUCUCACAAAAAACAUGAUUUAUUUCUAAAAUCUAUAUCAAUCUCGAAAUGGCUAGCCUUCUAACUUGUCACUUCCCGUGGUUUCCCCGUCCUCGGUUUCGCUUCCUGAAAUGGUAGACAAGGAAAACUAUGAGAUAAACUAUCUCAAUAAGUAAAUGUAUGGAUAACCAGUGAGUAAAAUUUGAGCAUUUCAGAUAAACAUUUUAAACAUAAACGAAAUGUUCAAUGAUAAACCAUUAUGCAGAAUAAAGUUCAGUAGCAGUCAAUUAAACUUAUAGCCUGCCA